AUGGUGAAGAACAAGGAGAUGAAAGACUGUAAAAAUAAACCAAAAGACACAAAUACACCCGGGGAAAAGGGUAAACCUGAAGAAAAAGACGAACCAAAACAUAGGAAGAGAAGUACAAACAAGAAGAAGGCUCCGCGCACCACUCUCCACCGGGUGUGCACCAAGGUGCUGCCGCGCUGCGCGACGCGCUUCCUCUUCAGCGGCCCGAAGGAGUUCCCGGUCACCAAGUUUAUGAUGGGAAUGGGCUUCGGAGCGCUCUUCGGCAUCGUGUUGUACUACGGUCUGGUGCACAAACUGUCCAUGUAUGAAGAGCACAAGAUCUAUAUUGUCUAUGCUUUGAUCGGAGUCUGUGCUCUCGGCUGGGGAUUCUCCUCUCAGUUCCGCUGCUCGAUCCUGCUGAUUGCUCCCAACAUGCUGGGAGCCGAGGGCCGCGCCUACACCAUGGUGUUUGUGCUGGCGGGGCUCUAUCAUGGUCCCAUAGCCAACAUUAAUAACAAUGUGCAGGACGUGGCUUACUCGAUGGGCUGCACUGUGGAGAUGCAGGUCAAUCACAGCAAGCAGAUGUGGCGGGUCAUGAUGGACCCCUUCAAGCAGAUGGUCCAUGACAUGGUGGAAGGGAAGAAGGAUUUUGAGGAGGAGUCAAAGGAGGUUCAGAAGAAGUUCAGUAUGAUAAAUGAGCAGGUGAUGGGAGAGUAUGGAUACAGCAGCCUGAACUCUGCAGCUGUUAAGAAAGAGAAGACCACCCAGGAACGCUUUGACAUUAAAACCAAGCUCCGCUGUGAAUAUGUAGUAGAAGAAGGAGUGUAUCGCUGCAAGGGCUGGUUUAAACUCAAGUGGAAGCAGUGCAUGGAUACCAUCAAACUCCCGAUCAUAAACCACAUUCUCUGCAUACCAAUGACCUUCGACUUUCUCUGCAACAUCAUGAAACUUAUGACCAAAUGGUGCAAGGACAAGAUUCCCGUUGAGGGGAACUUUGGUCAGACCUACGAUAUGCUGAACGACUCUAUUGAACACAUGGGGGAAGAUUUCAGUUCCUCGAUGGUGGUGAAGGUAUGGAAUCAAGAUUUUGAAACUGCAUUUUUACAUUACUGUUUUAAAACCGAGCAGGAGUCUCUUGGUGGAGUGAAGUUUAAUAAAGCACAGAUCACCGAGGACCUGAAAUUGAAGCUGAGCAAUAAGAAAACUCUGCUGAACAACGUGAUCGGUUUCAUUCAGGUCCUGCUCUCCUGCACCUUCGUUUUCAUCUUCAUCUCGGCCUUCGGAUACAGCAAUAAAUACAACAGAGAUAUCCGCUUUGACAAUAUCUAUAUCAACACCUACUUCAGACAGAUAGACGCACGCAGGAAGAAGCUGGGUAAACGGCACCUGCUUCCCUUCAAGAAAGCGGAGCUCUGCGAUUUCAUCUUCCCCUGGAGCCUCUCCAUGCAUGCCAGCGAGAUCAAGACUUUCAUGAUGAGCAUGCUACAGAUCAUCCCACUGGCUAUCUUCAUCGGGACCCUGCUAGCUAUCGACUGGUCCCUCUACAAAAUCUUUACGGUGAUCCGGAAGCACUCGUACACAGAGUACUCCUUCAGCAGCAGUCACCACAUUGAGAUCGCAGUUGGAGGCCGUUCCAUGUUAGCUACUCUCCUGCGCAAGACCAUUGGAGCUUUUAACACAUCCUCCAACAUAGAAAUCAAAACUAAUAACCUGGGCUGCCUGCCUAACCCCCAGGCUAUGAGCCGCUCUGACUACCUGUGGACCACCCUGCCCGUUCUGGCCAUGACCCUGCUGUGCUGCCUGCAGGUCUACACCAGUCGUCUGCGCCGGGUCAUCGCCUCCUUCUACUUCCCCCAGAGAGAGAAGAAGCGCACCCUGUUCCUGUACAAUGAGCAGAUCCGCAAGAGAAUCACGUACGUGGAGACGCAGCGUAAGAGGAUCAUGAUGAGAGCGCGCAUCGGGAGGGUCCUGGCUCGCUCAGUGAUGGGCUCUCUGUAUCGCUGGUCCCCGUGUCUGCGUUGCUGUGUGCGUCGGCGCUGUUUCGUGUGCUCGGAGGUGCAGAGCAGGCUGUCCUUCGUGUGUCCAGCGGAGAGCUGUGGCACUGUGUACUGCAGGCAGUGCUGGAAGGACAUGCGGCGAUUCUGCUUCGCCUGCACCUCCUUCUCUGAGUUCAUCUCCGACGACGGGGACAGCGAGUAUGACAUGAAAUACGCACAUUAA